GGGUGUUCGGGAAUGAUUUUUUCCUGUUAGCUAUAAUGUUUCUCUAUUUGUUAUGGGAUAAUCCAAGUACCACAUCGAAAAUACAAGGAGAAAAAACUCUUAUAUAUUAGUGUCCUCCUAGCCCAAUUAGUAUGAGGUCUUUUGGGGAAGAUACCAAAAAGUAAAUCCUCGCGGCCUCGGCCUAAAGCCGAAAAUAUCGUGCUAAUUGAGCUGCCCGAUUGUGAGAAGUAGUAGUAGAGCAUGCUUCGGUUUGGGGUGGUGGACAUCAGUUUGGUGGACCUUUAUUCGGUGACCUCGGGAUUUGAAAUCUGCAUCUGUUUAGCGGAUAAAGGGAGGUUCGCGUUUAGGAAGCAGAUCAAAGAGAGUGUUGCGUUUUAAAAAAUCCUUGUAACGAAAAGCCCAUUAAUACAAGGUGUUUGGCAGAUCAAGAUAAUCGUUGAGGUGAGGACACGAGGUUCGUGGUCCUUGUCUUGAGAGAAGGAUUGUUAUGGGACAAUCCAACUACCACAACCGAAUUACAAGGGAAUGAACCCUUGUAUAUUAGUGCCACCAAACUCAUUAGUACGAGGCCUUUUGGGGAGGAUACCCAAGAGUAAAACCAUGCGGGCUUGGCCCAAAGAGGACUAUAUCAUACUAAUUGAGCUAUCUGGUUACGGCAAGUGGUAUCAUAGCCUGGUUCGGCAGAUCCGGGGCGUUGGACGUCAGUUUGGUGGGACCCUCAUUCGGUGACCUCAAGAUUUGAGAUCUGCAUCUGUUUGACAGAUCAAGGGAGAUCUGCGUCUAUCUGGCGGAUCAAAGGGAGUUCUGUUUGGAAAAAUCCUUGUACCGAGAAGGUCAUCGAUAUAAGGUGUCUGCGGAUCAAGAUGAUCGUUGAGGAGAGAACACAAAGUUCAUGGUUCUUGUCUUGAGGGGAGGAUUGUUAAGGGACAAUUCAAGUACCACAUCGGAAAUACAAGGGAAGGAACCCUUGUAUAUUAGUGUCGACCUAGCCCAAUUGGUAAGAGGCAUUUUUGGGAGUAUACCCAAAAGUAAAUCCGUGCGGGAUUUGUUACGCCACGACCUUUGGGUUCAGGUUCGACCAUAAUACGUGAACGGUUGGAUUAACGGUUACGUACGAAGAGUUGCAACCGGGGAUUAGGAAUAAUAAUAAUAAUAAUAAUAAUAAUAAUAAUAAUAAUAAUAAUAAUAAUAAUAACAACUAUUAUUAUUAUUAGUAUAAAAAAAAACUUCCGUCUCCACUCCGCUUCAAAUUCUAGGGUUCCUCGUUCUCCCAUUCCGCUCCAAGCUUUUCAAGAGAUCAAUUACGAUGGAAGCGAAAUCAGUGCAUGGCGUUGCGUGGUGAUUUCGGAUGAGCAAGUGGUGCAGAUGACCACCAUUAAUGAUGCGCUGAGGGAGAGGCGCCAAUUCCUACAGCUCGAGAGCUGCCUGCUUCCUGGCCAGCUAGCUUGCAGCGGCAAUCGCCCUUCCUUCCCGGCCAUCACCUGCUUCAGUUAAUCGCAAACGUGGGCCUCUACAAGCAAGUAGGACCAAGCAACCAGGACCAUUCUUCCAUUCGGCGGGAUUAGUAAUGUCGGUCUGAUCGAGCCAGCUGGGUUCUGACUUAAGAGACCAGUUCAUGGAAUUGGAGCUCCGAUCAUGGCGGAUGCGGGGCUGGUCGAGGAGAUGGUGAACGUCGAAGAGGGAGGGAAGGUUGUUCCCAGCUCGUUGGAAUCAUGAAGUAGCAGUGUGGAGAUGGGGAGGAGCUUCGAUCAUCUUGAACAGGAUCAUCAUGAUUUGUCAAAUUUUCUCAUGGUACUUGGAUGCGCCUUCUUCAUUGGGGGGAUUGUUCAUCGUGAUAAGAAGGUUCAGGUUUUCAAUAAGGCAGUUGCAGUUGUUGAUUCUGGAUUGUUGCUGGUGGCAGUGAUGGGGAUCAUGAUACCAGGUGUGCUUCAUUCAACUAACACAGGAGUUCAGCUCGGAAAAUCAGAGCUGUUGCUUUCAAGGUUCAGCAGCUGCAUGAUGCUCCUCGCAUAUGCUACUUACCUUUUCUUCCAGCUUAAAAGUCACAGCUACUGGGAACUCUACUGCAUACGCCGCCACCAUAAUGGUUGCCACCAAAGAUAAGCUUGAUUUAACCCUUGGCGUUGCGAUUGGAUCAUCCACUCAGAUAGCCAUGUUUGCAAUCCUUUUUUUAUGUGGUGGUUGGGUGGAUAGUGAACCAACCAAUGGACUUGAACUUCCAACUCUUUGAGACGGCUACCCUUUUGAUCAUCGUGGUGAUUGUUGCAUAUACACUACAGGGCUUAACGUGAAGCUGGUCUAUUCCAAACCCGACCAAUACAAGAAAGAGGAAGAACUUGGAACCUCUUAGCACAACCAACAAAACCUACCGAACUUAUAGGUGGAGACCUUCAACGAUUAAGUAAGGUGAGUGUAAAGGAGGUAAAUUCUACGCCUUACGUAUUCUUUUAAGUAUUAUGAUUUUAAGUAUUUUAGCGAUUUGGUUAUCGUUGCUUGGUUAUGUGUAUGAUUGAUUAUUUGUGCUUUGCUUGAGUUAGUUUGAGGUGUUUUUGUUUGAGUUAUGACUUGAAGUGAAUGGUUAUUAUUUAUCUUGAAAAUUUUAUGAGUAUAAGUUAUUGUUAAAGUUUAAGAAACAAGGACUUUUUAAGAAGUAGCUCACCUUCAAGAAGGUGAAGUCGAUUUAAUUGUUUUUAGUCACUAGCGCCAGUCCGUUGCCAUUAAGAUUUUCAGAUAGAGCAGCAGUUAUGCUCUUGAGAUCUUUGAGAUAGAGCAGCAGUUAUGCUCUUGAGACUUUUAAGAUGAGAAGCAGUUAUGCUCUUGAGAAUCGCGGUGAAGAGCCACCACGAUAAGUUUAAGAUGUUAGGGGGAUGAAUCGUUACGACUUCCCUAACUAAGUUUAAGUUUAAGGAAAGCCUGAGUGGCUUCUCAUACGUAUGAGUUGGCAACCGGACUAGCUAGUGAGGGAUCCCGUGUCUGUCAAGUUUUUAAGUUAAGAUUUGAGCUUUAAGAGAGGAGAGUAACUGCAACUCCCUCAAAGUUUAAGAGUUAAGAUUUUAAGAUUGGAAGUACAAACAACUUCCCUCAGUUUGAGUUUAAGUGUUUGAGAAGAAGUGCAACAUUAUUAGAACGUUUAAAACGUAAGGGCGUAGACUAACCCCAUCUCACUCACCAAUUUGAGGAGUUAGAGGAGCAGUUAGUGAGCAACGAGUUCGAGGGCAGCCAGCUAGAGGAGAGCAGUAUAAGUGUCACGGAGGAUGCUUAGUCAAAGAUUUCAGUAGCAACAACUUCAGGGUAUUAGUUAUUUACAUUUAUGAUUAUGAGUACAGACUUGAGAUUAUUUUGAGAUCAGACUGAGAUUUUCAAGUUUGAGUUUAGUUUGCCCACGUGUUAGGGCUUUGCCUUGAACUACAAGUGUGUGUUUUUCAGUAUUUUAUUUAUUAAAAUUUUUCUCAGUUGCAAUUUAAGAUUUGAGUAUUUUAUUUAUCAAGGGCAUUUUAGUAAAAGUAGUACCCGGCCGGGUUAGGGUUUUACAUUUUGGUAUCAGAGCCGGUCUUCCUCUGUUUCUUGGUUCCCAAGAAAUACUGGAAUAUCGG